AUGACAAAGAAGCUCACCUUUCUCAAAAGAAUAAAGAAUUUGGAUCCUGAUUCUAGGUUUGUCUACAGUGCAGUGUGCGUGACCAUCAACAUUUCCCUGAUCUCUCCUUUCACGCAGCGUCAUUCUACCAUGUCCAAAGCACUCCUACUGCUCUUUGUUGCCUUGAUACUUUUUGGACAUGCACCUGGAACCACACUGAGAAAUGAGGAGACGUGGAAGUCACUCAACAACCCCAGAAACCGAGAUCUGUUUUUCAGAACCCUUCAAGAAUAUUUUAAAGGACGGGGUCUUGAUCUUGGAAGCUUUCCAAAUACUUUCUCCAUUAAUGAGAAUCCCAGACCUCUCUCUUUCCAAUCAGAACUUAUUGCCUCUGCAUUUGGGGAUUAUGAAGAGCAGAAAAACUCCUUUCCAAAUUAUCUCAAAGGCUGA